UUUGACGGGCACUCGCGCGCGGACGUUGGAAUUGGGCUAUGAAACAGUUCACUCGCAUGUUUUGAUUCCUGAAAGUUAGUGUCAGUGGACUAGAUGUGAAAUGUCCGCUGCAACGCCGCCUGUAAACGACCAGUAUGUUUUUCGUCGACGUGAAUUUGAAGAGCCGCCGUCAGACAGCCAGAGAAGAUGGCAUAGUCCUCAGCCUGUCCACGGAGCAAGGCAGACCGCAUCGCACCACCAGCGACACCUGGUCGAUGGCAGCCGGAUUCGAACUCGACCUCCCAGCGAUCCCAGCACCCGGUGGCCCCAUGUGGACGACCCCACCACCAGGGAGCCUCAGCUGGAUGACUGUGAGCGGAUGGGGACUCUGUUUGGGAUGCUCAACAAGUGUCUGCGGGGGAUGGGCUUCAGCCAGAUGUACUUUGGGGACAAGAUAGUGGAGCCAGUAGUGAUUGUCUUCUUCUGGCUGCUGCUCUGGUUCCUGGGGAUCCAGGCCCUGGGACUCGUGGGAACUCUGUGCAUCAUCAUUAUCUACAUGCAGAAGUAAUGAGAGCUGCUGAUCAGGGUGGAGCCUGCUGUUUUCCUUGGUUAGUGCUUACACUUGCGGGACUCAUGCUAAUGCCUGUUUGGACUGGAGUCUGCAGUGGGUCCAUGCUGUACUAUUCUGGGCUGUACUAUUCUGUAGGGAUGGUGGCUUAGCAGGUUUCUAGAAAUUGUUUAAAGCUUGUUUAGAGUAAAUCCAAAGGUGGGUCCAGUCUUCAGGAUUGUUUGGAGCUUCUUCUGCCUCAGCCAAAGGAGUGUUGCUGUCCUGCUGCCUUGGCUGUUCUUGUUAUCACUUAAUGGUAUUGAUCAGGGAUAUUGUUGGGAUAUGGCUUGUUUCAGUUUGAAUCAGAGGCUACAGAGUGAAGGCCCAGGAGUGCCAGAACUCACAAAAACAACUGCACACGUCUCUGUGUCGAAUGUUCACUAAAAAGAAGCUAUCAUACAGUAAAUUGAUGUGAUGUGCAAGCACAGCAGUAAUAUUACUCCAAUAAUCCAUCAUAAGAAAGUGUGUGAAUGUAAAGCAGUAUGUCAGCUGUACAUUACAUUACAUGUUAUGUUCUUGUGAAACCUUACCAUUAAAUGUUUAGUUUGUGAUUGAUACUAGUGUGGAAGAAAAACAACUUCUGAAACCAGUUCUGUGGCUGGUUCAGGUGAGUUUUGUUCACUACAAAGUGGAGACAGAAGUUCACAACAAGGCUGUAGAAUUCAGUCUGCCGGAGAAGGUGCUGGUCAGGAUUCAAUACAGGUUACAGGAAACAGUCGGCUUGGGCUCACCCCAGGGGGGAAGCUGUCUGAGAGACCCGACUCACAAGUCUGAGUAGAUUUACAGAAAUUCAAUACAAAAUUGUUUUAAAGCAAAAGACAAAUUGAUUGCUGGGCUUCCUGGACAACAUAGAUUACACUUCAGUGUUACUCAGAUUACUAUUGUAAUGAUUAAAGAAAAAGCUAAAAAGGACCAAAAAGAAGAGUGGCUGAGUAGCAAGCUAGGUUCCUGUGAUAGUAAAUGUGUGACUCCUCACAGGGACAAAGAUUUAAUCACAGAGCUCUGUUAAUUCCUGUCACUGUCAUAUAGAAGGGCAGACACUUCAAUCAGGAUACACAAAUAGCAAUACAAAGGCAAUAUAAAGGAAAGAUAAAAGUAAAACUAUUUUCUUCUACACUAGCAAUGCACACUGUGUUGAUGGCUGACAAAUGAGAAAAUGAAAUUGCUGUUAUUGUUCCAGUAGUGGAAUUUCAGCUGGUAAUUACAUCCAGUAAUUACAAUAGCUGUGGAGAAGGAUGUCAUCUGCAAAACCUGGUUCAUGAAUGAGAAUCGGUUCUGAAUAAGUUAGCGACCUUGCCUCUCUGAAUUUCUCUCUGCUUUAUGCGUCUUGGUGCCUCUGCUUGCUCUAUUAACUUACUCUCUACUAGAUAAUACAGAUAAUUAUCAGUUAUUGUUAUCAGCCCUGAAAAUGCACAUCAGUGCAUGUCCAGGAGAUAGAGGGGGAACCCCUCUGACAGAACUGGGGAACUGACAGAAAUGUUAAGUCUGUUAUUAAUGAUUUCUCACAUUCAUGGAAAGAUAGGAAAUUGAUAACUUGGGAUAAAACUCUUAUUUAGUUUCAGAAACCAAGUGUGUUCAACAGAUACAGUCAUGUUGGUGUGUCAGUUCUUGUUGUUUGUCCUGUUGUGUUGUUGAGUGACAAAACUAAACUUUCUUACUGGAUGCAGUGUGUGUGUGUCUGUGUAUAGUUUUCCAGUUUGUCUCUGCUAAUGUGGCAGAGCUGCAGUGUGACUGUGUGACAUUGUUGCCCCGCACAACUACACUGGAGUGUUACGCUGAGUUCAUUCACAAAGUUUAUUAAUGCAUUGAGCUGGUCAUCAUACUGGUACAAUAUAAAUACCAUAAUAUCACAGUAGAUAGAUUGUGAAACACUUUCAUUUUGUGUUUUUAUUUACUGUAGGUUAAACAAUUGUCUUAACCUGUCUGUCCUAACGACAUUAGUAGAGGAAAUCCAUAGUAAAUCCCUCUUUCUUUCUAAUAUUCAUAUCAGAUUGACGUCAUACUCAAAAUCCGCUGAUGUUUACGUAUCUUCUGACAGCCGUCUCACGCUCAGGUGAUUAAAUGAGAAGUAUGUCCACAAUCACAAACACAUUAAUGCAAAGCUGAACGUUCACACUGCAAACUCAAGUAGAUGAGAACAACCCCGUCUCGAGUCACCUGCAUAUGCAACUUCUUUUUGUGUUUGCUGUUUACAUUCACUGACAGUGCUUAGAUGGUGUGGAUGGAUGAUCAAAGCUUUUUGUUAAAGAGAAGUAAGUUCCCUCAACACAAUUAAUUAGUUGCCCAGAGCUGAGGCAUAUAUGAUCACCAUUGACAUCUUAAAAAAAAUAAAACAUUUUUGGAGCAUUGUUUUCUCCAAAACAUUCAAUCUGAUGCUAAAUGCUACAGAGGGAAUACAGAGGGAUUCUUAUUAGAAAUGUCUGUUACAGCACCCCACCUACCAAAUAAAUAUCUAACAGUAUGUGGUAAUCUAAAGGUAGAUUAUUAUUGAUUUGACCUGAAUUGUUCUGGUAGUCUCAGGUAGCUUUUACAGUCAAACAUGUUUUACUCUUCUGUUAUUAUUGCACAUUUUGCUGGAAGAUUAUUCGAAUGUGCAGGUGUCCAUGUUAAAUGACCACACACUGUGGUAGAGGAACAGAGCUGUAGUCAUCACAUGGAUUUUUAAGUUUACUACUGAGUAGAAAAGGUGUCCAAUGGAAACGUCACCACUGAUGGUGAUGUACAGUAUGUUCACCAAUGACUGACUGUAGCCAUGUUGCAUUUGUCCUUGUUUUAAGAAACCGUCAUCAAUUAUUUUGAACAUAAAUUAUUGUUUAUAAGGUGUUUCCACAGAGUUUUAUGCAGACCUACAAAAGACAUAUUGAGUCACAAUGUAUUGCUAUGUUUCUGAUUAAAAGUGACCC